AUGAGCACACUUAUCGGAAACGGUGUUGAGCGAUUAAGAACGGUGUGGACGCCUGAAAUGGAUCAGUAUUUCAUCGAACUGAUGUUGGAGCAAGUGAGAAAAGGCAACAGAUUCGAGGAUCACUUGUUUAGCAAACGCGCUUGGAAGUCCAUGUCUUCCUCCUUCACUGCGAAAUUCAGGUUUCCCUGUGGGAAAGAUGUUUUGAAAAACCGGCACAAGACGUUGAGGAACUUGUUCAAAUCCGUCAAGAAUCUUUUGAAAGAAGAUGGCUUUAGCUGGGAUGAAGCGAGACAGAUGGUGAUCGCUGAUAACAGCGUUUGGGAUGUGUAUCUCAAGGGUCAUACUAAUUUAAGAUCUUUUCGGAUAAAGUCGAUACCUUAUUACAAAGAUCUGUGUUUGAUUUACACUGAUGGAAUCUCUGAGCAGAAAGAUCAGGAGAAUAUUACUGAUGGAGAAACCAACACUCUGAUUGAGGAAGAUGAAGGUUACAACAGAGUAUGUGAAUCAGCAACAACGAUCAAAUCUAACUCAAAAGGAAGCAGCAUAGCACGGUGCAGGACUACUUGGCAUCCUCCAAUGGACCGCUAUUUCAUCGAGCUGAUGUUGGACCAAGCGAGAACCGGAAACCAGAUUGACGGUGUUUUCAGGAAACAAACAUGGACUGAGAUGGUUAAUCUCUUCAACGUCAAGUUCGAGUCUAACUUCAAUGUUGAUGUCUUGAAGAAUCGGUAUAAGACUCUGAGAAGACAAUUUAAAGCGAUCAAGAGUCUUCUUCGAUCAGAUGGGUUCGGUUGGGAUGAUGAGCGUCAAAUGGUUACAGCCGAUGAUAAUGUCUGGCAAGACUUUAUAAAGGCUCAUAGAGAUGCGAGGCAAUUCAUGACUCGGCCAAUUCCAUACUACAAAGAUCUGUGUGUGCUUUGUGGCGAUUCAGGGAUCGAGGAUAAUGACUGCUUCGUAGCUAUGGACUGGUUUGACCCCGAAACCGAGUUUCAAGAGUUCAAGUCCAGUGGAACAACAGAUUUGUCUCUUUCAGCCGAGGAAGAAGAUAGCAACUCUCUUUUGACUGAACCUAAUAAGAAAAGGGAUCAUCAACUUGGUACUACGGACACAAGCCCUAUAAUCCCGAAGAAGCCUCGAGUUGAUGAAACCAAAACCAUGGCAAUAGAGGACGCGGUUGAGGCUAUUCAAGCGUUACCAGACAUGGACGAGGAGCUUAUAUUAGAUGCUUGCGAUCUGCUUGAAGAUGAACUCAAAGCCAAAACUUUCUUGGCUCUAGACGUGAAACUACGCAAGAAGUGGUUGUUAAGGAAACUCCGGCCUUAA